UAUUCCUGGAAAUGUGUUCAGUACAGUUGUUGCUAAUGAGGUUCACAUGAAUAAUCUCAGGAGCGAUAGAGAUGGUUCUGGACCUGGAGUUCAGAGGGACAGUGUGGGUGGUGGAGGAAUGUAUGGUUAAGUAAACCUACCGAAUGCUGAAGCGCCUGGAUACAGUGGACAUGGAGAGGAUGUUUCCAUUAGACAUGGAGAGUCUGUGAUCUGACAAUACAGUCUCAGAAUAAAGAUGCUUCCCUUUAAAACUCAGAAGAGAAAAUUUUUUGGCCAAAAGAUGUCUGAUCUGUGGAAUUUGUUACCGCAGAGGUUGGCUGAGGCUGCCAUUUGGGUAUAUUUAUGACAGAGAUUAAUAUAUUCAGGAUUGCUAAUUAGCUUCAGGGUUACAGGAGGAACGGGAAUAUGGUGUUGGAAUAAAAAUCAGCCAUGGUUGAAUGGUGUGGCAGACCAGAUAGAUCGAAUCAUCUAAUUCUGUUCCUGUGUCGUAUGUCUUACCAUCACUGAAUGAUGGCUCCUUCUUAUCCCAUAUCGCUUUGUGACAUUUGAAGGACAAUAAAAGAUUGUUCACUGAGAUCAUUAUAUUUGCUUUCAACGUUUAAAUUUCAGUGAGUUUUGUUCCUAGUAACAUUAAGCAGAAAUGUUUGGUCCUCCUUUUCAUUGUGAACGUGCUUCAUUAUCUUUCAUGUUAAAGUUAGACUUGCGGUGAGAGAUUUAUUGGAAGAAAAACCACGAUUGAAGACGAGGGAACAGCAACAAGUGAACCAGCCCGAGGAUUGAGAGCACCGACCGGAGAGAACCCAUCUGACUCGGAGAUUCCAGUGAUUCAGUCAGGAGAAAGUUUGGUUAGAAAAUGACAAGGAAUUUGUCUACAGGAAUCUCAAACAGAACAUACCAGUUUUGCUGUCUCUAUCCAGAUAUUUAAGAAGUGGAGCAAGGGAUUCAAUCGAUCAUCCUUCCUGCUCAGACUGUGGGGAGGGAUUCACUCGGUCAUCCUUCCUGCUCAGACUGUCGGGAGGGAUUCACUCAAUCAUCUGACCAACUGGCAUGCCCGUCAUUUUGCACAGGGUAGAUGCCAUUCAUCUGCUCAGACAGUGGGAAUGGAUUCAUGCGGACAUUUCAACUGAAGGUGCAUCAGCAAGUUCACACUAGGACAAGGCCAUUCACCUAUUCUGUGUGUGAGAAGGGAUUUAGUCAGUGUACCCACCUGUGGACACACCAGUCAGUUCACACUGGGCAGAAGUUGCUCAUCUGUUGAAUUUGUGGGGAAAGAUUCACUCGAUCAUCUGACAUAAUGGCUCAAAAGCAAGUGGACACCGGGGAGCAGCCGUUCACCUGCUCAGCCUGUGGGAAGGGAUUCACGUUGUCAGCUCAUCUGCAGGCACACCAGUCAUUACACACUGGGGAGAGGCCAUUCACCUGCUCGGACUGUGGGAAAAGAUUCACUUCAUCAUCUCAACUUAAGAUACAUCAGCGAGUUCACACUGGAGAGAGGCCGUUCACUUGCUCAGUCUGUGGGAAGAGAUUCACUCAGUCAUCCCACCUACAGAGUCAUCAGCGAGUUCACACUGGGGAGAAGCCAUUCACCUGCUUGGACUGUGGGAAGAGAUUUACUCAGUCAUCCAACCUACAAGCACAUCAGCAAGUUCACACUGGGGAGAGGCCUUUCACCUGCUUGGACUGUGCGAAAGGAUUCACUCAGUCAUCAGCACUGAAGGUACACCAGCGAGUUCACAGUGGGGAGCGGCCGUUCACCUGCUCAAACUGCGGGAAGGGAUUCAGUUGCUCAUUUAAACUGAAGGUACACUAGCGAGUUCACACUGGGGAGUGGCCGUUCACCUGCUUGGACUGUGGGAAGGGAUUCACUUGCUCAUCUAAACUGAAGGUACAUCAGCGUGUUCACACUGGAGAGAGGCCA